CGCUCUGUUAUCUGUUGCAUUCAGCGCCUUGAAAGAAAUCACAGCCAACUGCAAAGUCUUUCCAGAUGUUGCUCCCUCCGGGAUGAGAGUCCAGUUCGACGCGGGCUGAGGAGGCACGGGGCAAAUAAUCACAAUAAUCUGCAGAACACAUGGAAGGAUUUCGAUCACCUUGUGUGCUUCGAGCGUCGGGCUCGGGCUUGUACAUUCUUUUUCUUUCUUUCUUUUCUUUUCUUUCUUUCUUUUUUUUUUGCAGCGAUGGUAUUUGGAUCAGUGCUACUCCGGCGGCCCAGUGCGCGUACCACGCGUGCGCAUGCGUCCCUGCGCUGAGGGGAAAGGGAACGCGCUGUAACGGAGAGACAGCGUUCCAGUAAACCGCUAUAUCUGCCCGAGGACUUCAUGCCCGUCAGACCCACAGCGAACUCCUCUGCGCGCUUCUCGCUUCCGCUACAUUGUUCAGGGAGAGAGGGAUGAGCUCUGACGCUCGCAUCACACCCUUGCAUCUACCCGCGUGUGUGCGCGGCGGGCAGACGCCAAUUUCGCGUUUUCCCACGCAGUGACUGACACCCAAAAAAAAAAAAAAAAAAAAAAAAAAAAAAAAGCAACGUGAACUUGGUUCCAACAUCAUUGUGCAGCACAACAGGCUCGCACUCCGCGGAUUAAAGCUCAUCUGUCCGGCAGCAGCAGCGCUGGGAGAAGCCCAGAUUGGACUGAUUACAUCUGAACCACUGAGGAUUUAACCACCGGAAAUGAAAGAGGGAAAAGGCUAACCUCAUGUGCCGUGUCGACAUGAGAGAUCCGAGGAGCACGUGAAGAUGUCCCAGAAGGCAACUAAAACAUGGUGCCUUAGGCUUCUCCCAGUCUUCUUCUUCUUCAUCUCCUUCGUCACGUACUACUGCUCCUACACCAUACUUCAGAGCUACGGAGGCACCAGCAAGUCUCUGAACAGUAGCAAGUCGCUGUGUGGUGGCUGGCCAACCCAGAAGAAGUGGGAGAGCCUUAACUUUAACAUUAGCCGACAGACGCAGCUCUUCCUGAAACUGGAGGAUUUCUUCUGGCGGGAGCAUCUGUCAAAGCUGGCAUUGCCUUAUGGCAUUAAGGGCAGUGAGCUGCUGCUACUGAAAGUUCUCGCUGUGAUUGCAAAUUAUCAGGUGCCAGCCAACAUCGAAAAGCUUGAAUGCAGAACCUGUGUAGUCAUAGGCAACGGCUUUGCCAUCAAAAACAGCUCCCUGGGAAGCAUCAUCAACAAAUAUGAUGUGGUCAUUCGGUUGAACGACGCCCCGGUGAGAGGCUACGAGGAGGACGUGGGGAACAAGACCACCAUGAGGUUCUUCUACCCGGAGUCGGCCUCUUAUAACCCUGCACUGCACAACGAGCCGGGCACGCUCAUGGUCCUGGUGCCUUUCAAGCAGCAAGAUCUACGGUGGCUCAAAGAGAUCCUAUAUAAUGAGAAGAGGGGCAGGAAAGGCUUUUGGAAGCCCCCUCCCCAAAUCUGGUUAGGUGACGUCAAUAAAAUCAGAGUGCUGGACCCUCACUUUCUGCACCAGACGGCAGACAGACUGCUGCGGAUCCCUCUGUACCCCAAGAGCAGACAGCCGGUGCAUCCCACCACGGGCAUCCUCGCUGUGUUCGUUGCUCUCAACUACUGUGAUGUGGUCCACAUAGCCGGUUUUGGUUACCCGAACACAAAGAGCCAAAGGAUUCCUAUCCAUUACUACGGAUACGACACCAUGAAGUCUAUGAAGAACUCCUACCAUGACCUCAAUCAUGAAGCUGACGCCUUAAAAAGACUGGAGGAAUCGGGAGCCAUUUUGUACCUUCACCCACAUUUAUGAUACAAAAACACUUUUUUUUUUCUCCAGUCGACUAAAUCCAAAAACUUUAAAAACCAAAACGCACUUGGUUUUUGUCGCCUGAUCUAAAUCAGAUCUUAAUGUGCCUUCUGCAGUGGGAUACGGGACGUUCUGCAUUAAGUUGUCGUGUGGCGACGCGAGUGAAGCUCUGAAGAAUGUUUAUCUCCCUGGCACCUUACGUUCAAGACAUGAAAAGUGAUUCGACUGAACAGUAGGAACAACCUUUGGCGACGUGGCACUCUGGAUAACGUGUGUAACUUUUAUAGGGUUUUGAAUCAUGACUUUAAAAGUUAGCUGGCAGGACACUUUAACUAUUCAUGCAGUGACCCAUUUGUCUGUUUGUGAUAACCCAGUUCGGGGAUACAAACUGCGUCAGAUUAAGCGGGAUUUUCGGAUAAUUCCAAUGUUUUGAUGUUGCUUUUUAGGGCUACGUGUGGGUUUAUGACUGCCACAUAGUAGGAAUCAACCGUUUCAGUCCAAAUGUUGUUUUUUGCUUUGUUUAUUCGUCCGGAGAUUUCAUGCAUAUCAUCGAGCUGUUAAAACUAAUCAGCCUGGAUUAUUCCUUGCAUUACACGCUCAACGUGGUUGGGGAUUCAUUUUCAGUUUUAUCUUCUGGGCUAAAAAAAAAAAAAAAAAA